AUGGCAACAACUUCAGCUAGCGGCGAUAACGCUGCCAUGGUCAACGCCAACAGUACGAAAGCGUCAAAUAGGGCUGCUAUGGAACGAGUCAUUAAAAGCGUCCAAUUUCCAAUUAGCGAAAAAUUGAGUAUGGAGGAUGUUUAUGAUAGGAGGACAUCGAAGCCACGUUCCGAUAUUUUGAAGGAGCAUUUUACCAAGGAAGGUCGCAUUCAGGAAGAGGUUGCGUUACGAAUUAUUUCGGAAUGCACAACCCUUUUUCGUCAGGAAAAAACAAUGCUUGAUGUCGAAGCACCGGUUACAGUAUGUGGUGAUAUACAUGGGCAAUUUUAUGAUUUAAUGAAACUUUUUGAGGUGGGAGGAUCGCCUGCAUCGACUAAAUAUCUUUUUCUUGGAGAUUACGUUGAUCGGGGCUAUUUUUCAAUCGAAUGCGUAUUGUAUUUGUGGGCACUUAAAAUCUGUUAUCCAACAACGUUAUUUUUGCUUCGUGGAAACCACGAAUGCCGUCAUCUUACGGAAUAUUUCACUUUUAAGCAGGAGUGUAAAAUCAAAUAUUCAGAAAAGGUGUACGAUGCUUGUAUGGAUUCGUUUGAUACUCUUCCUCUUGCAGCACUUAUGAAUCAGCAGUUCCUUUGUGUCCAUGGCGGUCUUUCUCCCGAGAUCCAUACCUUAGAAGACAUUAAAAAGCUGGAUCGAUUCAAAGAACCGCCAGCUUUCGGACCCAUGUGUGAUUUACUAUGGUCUGAUCCAUUGGAAGAUUUUGGCAGUGAAAGGAAUUCGGAGCAGUUUUCACACAAUUCUGUCCGUGGAUGUUCGUAUUUUUAUAGCUAUGCAGCAUGUUGUGAUUUCUUGCAGCAUAAUAACCUCUUGUCAAUUAUCCGUGCUCACGAAGCCCAAGAUGCCGGGUAUCGAAUGUAUCGAAAAUCGCAAGCAACCGGGUUCCCUUCUCUAAUAACUAUAUUUAGUGCCCCAAAUUAUCUUGAUGUAUAUAACAACAAAGCUGCGAUACUAAAGUACGAAAAUAAUGUGAUGAAUAUACGGCAGUUCAAUUGUUCACCGCAUCCAUAUUGGUUGCCUAAUUUUAUGGACGUGUUUACAUGGUCUCUUCCUUUUGUUGGGGAAAAAGUGACCGAAAUGCUGGUGCAUAUAUUAAAUAUUUGUUCGGAUGAUGAACUUAUGGCCGAUUCGGACGAUACAUUUGAAGGUGGUGUUCCGUCGGCGCGAAAAGAAGUAAUUCGGCAUAAAAUUCGAGCAAUCGGUAAAAUGGCUCGCGCCUUCUCAAUAUUAAGAGAAGAAAGUGAGUCUGUAUUACAACUGAAGGGACUUACACCAACUGGCAAUUUACCGUUGUUCACACUUCAGGAAGGCAGACGUGGAAUUCAAGAGGCAUUAUCUGGGUUGGGACCUGGUCAUCGAAUUCAAUCAUUUGAUGAAGCAAAGCGGUUAGAUAAAAUCAAUGAACGUAUGCCUCCAUCAAUGGCAACCCCAACACAAUCACCAAUGGCCAGUCCGUCGGCUCAUCGCACCAGUCCAAAUGUCAGCAACAGUACAACAACUAUACCACCAGCAACAACUGCAACAAUUUGA